AUGAACGGGGCUUUCGCUGCUCGAGUGCUGAGCCCGUCCUUACCACAAGCGGGCCUCCUUAGGGCACCUAAUGUCCGUUCCGUGGUUGCUAAUGCACGACGAGGUCGCAAGCUUCUUGAAGAGCCCGUAGAGGAGGUCCUAACGCCGGCGGCGGAUGUCGCCCCAGCGCCACCCAAACGCACAAGGAAGCCCCGUGCAACUGCAGUGGCCGAAGCAGAUAACACAGCUGUAUCUGGAACAGAAGCUGUCCUGCCCCCAAGUCGAAGCCGGCGGCGCAAGACUGUUGACGUGGACGAGCAAAAUGAGGUCGGAGACGAGCCUGCGGAUGCCACACAAAAGCAAAGCGGCAGGAAAAAGGCCGCAGAAGUCGCGGUUGAACCCAACUCAGUAACAGCAAGUUUCGAUGGGCCAGGUGCAGAAUUGGCCGAUGACUCAGCUGCAGCCCCGGCCAAGCCUAAGCGGGCCAGCCGCAAGAAAACAGCAGCAUCAGCCUCUGACGAAACAAAUACCGUCAGUAGCGUUGAUGACGGCGCAAUUGCAGCAGAACCCAACACGAAGACCAAAGCCAAGCGCGCAUCGAAGAAAACCAAGGAGCCGGAGCUGCCCGACGUCGUGUCAACUCGAGGCAGACGCCGGGUGACAGUGAACUCUGAUGAUGAUGAGGAGGACGCUGCAGCAACACCUUCGGCGCCAGCGGUGGUAGAUCCCCCCCCCAACGCAGCGGCUGUGGCCGCCAAGCGCCGGGCUGCAAGCCGACGGGGCAGCGCCAGGUCCGCUGCCGCCACCCCGGGCGCCACAGCCGCUAGCUCCAUCCAGUCGGAGCUGUCACAGCUUGUGAUCCAGCGAAACGACUCAGGGGAGGUGGUGUCCAUCAACCGCGCCGCGCUGGGUAUGGGCCGCAAGAUGUGGUACGCCAUCGGGGUUUCCAGUGGUAUGGAACGCAAGUGGGCCGAGCAGCUGCACAGGAAGUUGGCCACCAGCGACAGCACCAUGGUCGACCCGGAGACAGGCGAUAUGGUGCCCGCGUCGUCGCUCAUCGUGCCCUGGGUGCCUGUGCGCCGGGACUGGGUGAUGGCGAAGAAGACUGGGAACGUCAUUCAGCGGGAGGUGGUCCACAAGGAGGGCUGGGUGUACGUCAACGCACCGCUGGACGAGCAAGUCGUACGGAUGGUGGAGGAGUGUUACGGCUUCCAGCAGUGGCGCGGGGAGCAGGAUUACUUUUUGGACGACGUGGGUGCCGUGAAGCUGAUAGCUCCGCUGUCCGAGGAGGCGGUGGCGGAGAUUCGUUCCUGGGAGGCGACCCCGGUGGCGGAUGAGAUGGAUGAGGCGAAGAAGCAGGAGCUGGCGCGGAGCAUGUUUGGCGAGGCCGGGGGCGACGUGCUGGGCAGGAGCGAGCGGCUGGAGGAGCGCGAGGGUGCCACCGAGCUGGACGAGAACGGCCGCGUAGUCUACCGCAACCCCGACUACACGGGCGGCCGAAACAAUCCCAGUAACUGGUACACGGGCUCGCAGCGGGGCUCCGAGUCGCCCAACGCUGGCCCUGCCGCCGCCGCCGGCGCCUCCGAGACCUCCGAACAGGAGGAGCUGGUAUCCCUGGAUGGUCGCGGUAACGAGAUGGCAUACGCUCCGGAACCAGAGCCUAGGAGGGCGGAGCGCCGACAGGGCGACUCCAGGGAGCCUUCACGCGACUUUGGCGGCCGGGACUGGCAACGGGGACCCGGACUGGGUCGGGGAUCCGGGCUGGGUGAGAAGGCGGCUUGGGAGGAGGGCCGUACGGCAGGCACACGCCGGCGGGAGGAGUCUGGCGGGCGGGAAGUGACGUCAGCGCCGUCGAGGCAGCGGCAGCAGCCUCAGUGGCAGCAAUCGGAGCAGCCGCCUGUGCCGGUUCCAAGUCGUGCGGGUGUGAGGCCCUCCACGGCGCCCAUGGCGCCCAUCCCGUCGCCGCCGCCGCCGUCGGCGCCACCGAAGGCAGACGACUUCGUCUUGAAGUUCGAGGACGAGGGGAAGGAGGAGAAGGAGGAGGGAGAUGAUCGGACCGCUGCCCAAGCCCCGGCGUCCGGGCGUGGUGGCGCGGCGCGGCCGACGGCGCCGCCGGGUAGGUCUCGAAGUACCAGUACCGAUGGCGCCCGUGGCCGCCGGGACAGGAAGUACGACAAGUUCCUGGAGGAGGACGAUUUGGAGGAGGACGACCGCGGCGGCAGCAGCGGCGGCGGCGUUGGUUUAGGCGGGAAGCAGUUUGACCGUCUUGACGGGGGCUAUCUUGAUGAGGACUCGGAGUUUGGAUUUGGCAAGGAUGACUUUGCAGAUAUUGACUUUGAUCUUUUGGGCGACGAUGAGGGCCUGGGAGCGGGCUGGAAGCAGCGCGGCGGCGGCGGCGCCGCCGCCGCGACUGGCGGCAGACGGCGGCAGUCGCAGCAGCCGGCGGCGGGCACGAGCCGAAGCGGCGGCGCCGCUUCGGCGUCGUCACAGCGGCUGGGCGACGACUUCUUCGACGACCUGUCCUUUGAUUACAUGAAGUUUGACGACGAAGAUGACGGCAUCACGUCCACUAGCCGUGGUCGGGGUGGCGGCAGGUACGGCGGCGGCUACUUAGGUGAUGACUUUGGCGGGGUCGAUGACGACUUGUGGGGUGACUUCGGGUCUGGCAGCAGCCGCGGCGGCGGCGGCGGCACCGCCGCCGCGGCGGGGCGUGGCGGCAGCUACGGCGCUGCCGCCGGCGGCAAGCUGGGCAAAGGCAAGGGCAGUGGCCUCGGCACCGAUGACGAUCUCUUUGGCGGCGGUGAUGAUGACGACUGGGGUUACUUUGGUGCUGAGGACGGCGACGGCGGCUUUGGUGACUUUGGCGGCUCGGAUCCGUUUGACUUGGGUGCCGAUCCGUGGAGUGGCGGCGGCGGCGGCGGCGGCGGCGGCGGCGGCGGCGGCGGCGGCGGCGGCGGCUUCGGUCGUCAAUCUCGCGACGGUGGUAGAGGUGGGCGGACAGGAGGCUAUCAGGGCGGCGGCCGCGGCGGCGGCGGCGGCGGAUACAUGUCUGGCGCAGGCCCAGCCAGGGAGGGCAAGGUCAGGGCUACCGCUCCGGCGGCAGCGGUGGCGGCGGUUGGAGGCAGGGCGGCGGCGGAGGCGGAGGCCGGGGCAAUAGCUGGCAGCAGGGAGGCUCGGGGUACGGCAACCGUGGGUACCAGGGCGGCCGCGGCGGCGGUGGAGGCGGCUAUCAGAGCGGCGGCGGCGGGGGUAGGGGUGGUGGUGGGGGAAGAGGCGACGGAGGCGGUCGCUGGGGGAAUGGCGGCGGCGGGAGUUACGGCCAGCAACAGCAGCGUCGCGGCGGCGGGGGUGGUGGCCGUGGAGGAGGUUGGCAGGACAGGCGCAACGGAGGGCAAGGAGCGCCGGGGGCCCCUUGAUCACAGCUGGGGUCGGACGGAAAGUGGCAUGGUCUAG